GGGCGCGCCGCGGAGGGGCGCACGGCGGCGGGCGGUCCGCCCGCGGGCCCCGCGCGGCCGCCGCGGCGAUGGGCGACGGCACCGCUUGGAAGCCGCGGUCGGUGGAGGAGAGCGUCGAUGGCGGCGUGCAUCCCGCCGUGGCGGCGAUGCGGCUGUCCGGGGCGACCAGCGCGCCGUCGUUGAGCAUCGCCUCGCUCCAGAAGCUAGGCAUGACACCCGGCAGUCUCUUCCCGCCGGAGAAGAAGAGCAGACUAGAGUCGCCAACGCGCGAAGAAGGCGGGAAGAAAAAGAAGAAGGAGAAGAAAGACAAGGACAGGGAGAAGGAGAAGAAGGAGAAGAAGGAGAGCUCGUCCUCGUCCGGGUCCGGCUCUGGGAGCAGCUCCGGCAGCGCGUCCUCGUCCUCCUCCUCGAAGAAGAAGAAAAAGAAGGAGAAAAAGGAGAAGAAGAGGGAGAAGAAGCGGAAGAAGGACGAGGCCGAGGCGGGCGGCGCAGGUGCUGAAGAUCCUGUCCCCGCGGCGGGGAGCCUGCAGCUAACCGUGGACUCCUGCUCCGGGGACGACGAGGGCGACGACCAGCCGCCCGCCAAGCGAAAGGACGCCGAGGCCGUGCGGAAGAAGCUGGGCCAGGAGGAGGCCGAGGCUCCCGCGGAGGAGGCGGCCGCCGUCGCGAGCAGGGAGCCCGAGGCCCCCGACCCGAACAGCCCGGCGCUGAUAGUGCAGGCGCUGGAGAACAGGGACCUCUCCGUGCUGGACAGGGCCGUCGGUGUGCUCAGGAGGGGCGGGCGCUCCGCGAGGCCGUGGCAAGCGCUAUUGCCAGCCUAACGCCGAACGCCUCCGACAAGGACGGCAGCAAGAAGGC